UUUAUUUAAACUGCACCACUCAGACACAAGGUUAUUCAAAGAGCUUUCAACAAAAGUCUGUUUAACAGCAUCAUAAGAGGAAUUUUUCAGAGAAUUCACAGUCUGUUCAUAAAAAACACUAAAUCGCUCACUUAUUUUGAAAGAAGCAACGUCUCAGUCACCUAGCAACAGAGUUCUCAUUGAUUACUUAACCCACUUGAAUAUAAACAGAUAUUGUACACAUGACCUCCUAGAGUCAGCUGAUCAUACAUAAUAACUUCAGUUUAAUGGUAGUUUGUUUACUCAUUGAUCAGAACCAGGUCCCUGAGUGGUCCUGGAAGUAUUCCUUAGUCAUGGAUGAAGCUGCGUUGGAACAGUUCUUUGAUAACCUCAUUGCAAAUGACUCCUCGAAGGUGGAGGAUGAGGAGGAGUUGACUGAAGAGGAGGAGCUGUGUCUCAGCUUACUGCCUGAUGAGCUUCUGACACCGUACGAGACCAGACAGAAAAACACAGAUGACACCAGACAAACAGCAGAGAAUGACACCAGAACUGGCCUGAACUGCACCUGUCUGGACUACAGCUCCCAGAAUUCCACACAAGUGUCCGAGGUCCCAGGUGUGUUAUCCCUGCUGGAGCAGAGGGGCUCCUGCAUUUGUCCCACGACCUCCAUGAUGCCUGUGAAGAUACAGAACGUCAUCGCUACAGUGAAGCUGGGCUGUCGUCUGGACCUAAACAUAAUUGCUCACAAAGCGAGGAAUGUUGAGUACAAACCAAAGACUUUCAGGGGGCUCAUCAUGAGGAUCCGUGAGCCACGUACCACAGCAACAAUCUACGAAUCUGGAAAUAUUGUUUGUUCUGGAGCCAACAGUGAGGAUCAGUCACGGGUGGCGACUAGGAGGUAUGCUCGCAUUGUGCAGAGGCUCGGCUUUCCUGUCUCCUUCCUGAACUUUAAGAUCCAGAACUUGGUGGCCACCUGCAGCACCUUCCCAGUCAGUCUGGAGCGACUGAUGCUAGCCCACCAUCAGCACUGCAGUUAUGAACCAGAGCUGUUUCCUGGCCUCUUCUGCAGUGUGAUUCCUGGCAUCACCGCGACCAUUUUUGCAUCAGGGAGGUUGACACUGAGCGGAGCCAAAAAAGCAGAUGAGAUGUACAAAGCGCUUGAUACCAUCUAUCAGAUUCUGAGCUGCUUCAGGAGGCAGUGAGGACAGACACAUCAAACUAAAGGAAAUAAAUUAAUGUCUUCCAUAUCAC